GUUAAACUAAUGCCAAGGUAAUGUAUAUCUUUUAACUCUUCUGCAUAAUGACAUCGGCCGACCCGAUAUCGACCCGCUGCUAUUCUAAAGUACCCUAAGUUUCCUUGAACUUCUUGUCCACAGGCUCGUGAAAAUGAAAAUAACACCAAAUCAGGGUAUCUUAAAUCCUCAAGAUGCAACAAAUGGUCAUUUAAUUAACUUAAUUUAAUUAACAUUACAAAUUUGUUUUAGUUUUCUGCCUGUCCGAGUUUCGGAGGGAGAGCUGAGGGAAGACUCUGACCCAGGUCAAUGACCUGGACAAUGUUGGUGGUUGUGCUCCUCCUCACAGAAGUUGUGCUCCUCCAGUUCCAUCCAGUCUACCAACUCCCUUCUCAUCAUCACACAUAAUUCGGAUAACUAACUAAUUAAUUAAACCACCACGUUAUCGACUGGAGCAUAUUUUCAUCCCAUUUUGUGUCUCAUUUUAGUAAUUAACUAAAAUUGAUCAGCAGUAGAUCAGUUUUAUCAACAACAGAAGGAGCAGGAGGGCAGGCAUUUUUCGAAAUAAGUUUUUUUGUUCAAUCUGUCUUCUUGAGCGUGUUGCACAUAAACCAAAGUAAAACAUUGUUUAAUUUAAGUAAUUAAGCACCACUGGUCGUUAGUUGGAUAAGGAGAGAUUGAUUUAUUGAGUAAUAUUCUUUAUUGCCAUUUGUUCUUUUUUUGAAGAAUGUACACACGAUCAAAGGAGAAAAAUCAACCCGUGUCGUUCUCCGAAAUGGCUGGAUUUGGACUGCGACGAGGAGCUCGGAUUCCACAAGAGAAGACUUGUCCAGUAGCGAUGCGCAGCGUUACGACGGCAGUGGAUCGCUUAGUUGCGCUUGGUCUUUCGAAAGGACCUUUUCAGUUUCCUCCCUUAAAGGGUUCAACGACAUCAUUGGCACCAAAUUACGCUGGAAGAAUGUCCCCGGAUGCCAUGUGGCAAAAGAAUGUCGAGAAAUUUCCUAUUCAAACGAGACAGCUACAACCACAAAAAUAUACUCCGUAUAAGGGGGCACGACAAUCAGCGUCCACCUCCAGUGGACUCACCGCUACUCCAGCGCGACGACAUGUUCUUCCAUCAGUUCCGAACCCGCGUCCUCCGGCUCGUAAACCUAAGUAUAUUCCUCCCCCUACUGGUACUGCAAGUGGGAAAGGUCGCGUUGGUCGCGCUUCAGCCUCAGCCUCAAAUACAACCUCAUUGAGCAACUCCGUUGCCAGCACUGUAACACAUUUGGAUAAGUCAUUAUCGCAUCAGCAACAAUCGCCAAAAAAGUCUAAGCCAAGCAUUUCUCCGUCCGAGAUGGAAGAGGCUACCAAACUAAAACUUGAGCUGCAUCGGUCUCGCCUGGACAACGAGGCUUCAGACAGGCGAAUUGCACGUUUACUGAGAAAGGUCGAGGAAUUGGAGUAUACUCGGGACGAGGCUGAAAGUCUUAAGAUGGAGUUGGACGAAUUGGAUGAUCGUUUGCAUGCGGCCGUCUUGGAGAAUUCCGAUCUCAAAAAGAAACUCGGUUUGGAAGGUCGUGGGAAGGAUGCUAAGGAUGGAUUUACCAAAGAGGAUAGAACUGCUUACGUGGUGAAGAUUAAGGAGCUGAAUAAGCGAAUUGAAGCCCUCACUGGAAACUAUAAAAGUUGGAUGAAACAACUCAAAGACUUCCAACACGAGUUUAUGGAUGCUUUGGGCAUUACUGACGCUGAUUUAGCCAGAAACGUGGCCAACGGAGGGAUUGGCGAGUCGUCAAAAUCGUGUGGAUCCGUCAAGUUACAUGGAUUCCUGCGAACAUGUGUUGAAAAUUUGAAGUCCGAGUAUAACGGAGCAGCCAGUGAAGUCAUAACACUGCGGUCACAACUUCAUCAAGAAAUUUUUAAGGCGGAUGGUCUUUCGAAAGAACUUGAAACAUUGCAAGCUGAAAGGAAAAGAUCACUUGAAGGAUUCCGUGAGCACGAGUCGCAAAUUGAAUACUUGUCCAAUGAGAUUAAACUACUGCGUAGUUUUUUAAAUGAUGAGCUAAGCAAAGAAACCGAAGCCCAAAUCAAAGGUUUGCAAAAGGAGAACGAAGAGUUGAGCCAAUCCUUAAUCAAGUUACAAGGAGAACAUGACACAAGAGUCGCUAAACUCCACCAGGAGCUUGAAUACGAACAAGAUCGUUAUGAACAACUGGAAACUCUUGGCGUGGAGGAGCGAAAGGAAAUUGAGAUGCGAUGGAAAAAGUUGUGGGAGGUGCACUCUUACCGAAUGAAGGAGGAUUUCGAAACGCUCAAGAAAAAUUAUGAAAACCCUUUAGUGGCGAGUCAUGAGAGGGAAACGGGUCUCCAGAAACAACUUGACGAUCUUCAUGCCCGGUACAAUAAGAGUAAGGAAGCCUGGGAGGAUUACCGCCUGACCCUCUUUGACCAGUUGGAACAAUGGAAGGAACAGUACGUUCUAAAAUGCAGUCUGCUUGAAGAACUUCGCCAGGAGAGAGGAAACUUUGACGUUGCUAUGAAUGAGAAGCAAAAGGAUAUUGAGCUAUAUCAGAAAAUGCUCAACGACGGUGUCGAGGAACGUCAAAAUCUUCAGAAGAAGGUGGAAGCAUUGCAGACCAAACUGCGGGAGUUGAUUGGACUUGGGAAAGAAACCAUUCCUGCUCCUCCUGAUGGAGAAACCUCCAUCAAUUUGAGCUCAUUGUGUUCAACUCGGUCUUGGUUUUCGAUUGGAGAUUUUAAGAAAAUGAAGGAGAAAAUGCAAACCAAAUCUCAGUCCUUGCUCGCUGCUCAUGAAGAGGACAAAGAAAAGAAAAAGCUGCACUGCUGAAGGCGAUAUCUCGUACAUAUAAGUAUCAUUCUAUAUUUCUUUCAACCAAAUUUAAAUCGUAACAAUUUUUCUUCUACUAACGUUAACCGUUUUUAAAUGUCGAAUCCAAAUCAUCCUCCCUAAAUUUAGCUAAAUCGAUUA